AUUUGUAGCAUAAUUCCACAAAAAUCUUGACCCGAAAUUCUCUUACCUAUAAAUACAGGUAGCAGAAUCACAAGAUUCAUAGUGUGGAUCUACACAUUACCUGAAAUUCUUGAAUCCUCUUUUGGGUCUUCUUUAAACACUUGAAAAGAAAUGGCGAGGAAGAAGAUCAGAGAGUAUGAUUCCAAGAGGUUGUUGAAAGAGCAUUUCAAAAGGCUUUCUGGAUCUGAAUUGGAAAUCAAAUCUGCCCAAGUUACCGAGUCGACAGAUUUCAAUGAACUAGUUAACAAAGAACCAUGGCUUUCAUCGACAAAACUAGUUGUCAAACCUGAUAUGUUAUUCGGCAAACGAGGGAAAAGUGGUCUUGUUGCCUUAAAACUCGAUUUGGCUCAAGUUGCCGCUUUCGUGAAAGAGCGGCUAGGCAAGGAGGUGGAGAUGGGAGGCUGCAAAGGUCCCAUUACAACAUUUAUCGUCGAACCAUUUAUUCCCCAUAAUGAAGAGUUCUACCUCAAUAUUGUCUCUGAGAGGCUUGGUUGUAGCAUCAGUUUUUCAGAAUGUGGAGGAAUUGAAAUUGAAGAGAACUGGGACAAGGUUAAGACUAUCUUUUUGCCAACUGGUGUAUCUUUUACAUCAGAGCUAUGUGCUCCUCUUGUGGCAACCCUUCCCAUGGAGGUCAAAGGUGUGAUUGAGGAGUUCAUCAAAGUAAUCUAUACUUUAUUUUUAGAUUUGGACUUCACUUUCCUUGAGAUGAAUCCUUUCACCUUGGUUGAGGGAAAGCCAUAUCCUUUGGAUAUGAGAGGCGAGCUUGAUGAUACUGCUGCAUUUAAGAACUUCAAAAAAUGGGGAAGUAUUGAAUUUCCAAUGCCGUUUGGAAGAGUUCUGAGUUCUACAGAAAGCUUUAUUCACGGGCUGGAUGAGAAGACGAGUGCGUCUCUGAAAUUCACAGUCUUGAACCCCAAAGGACGAAUUUGGACUAUGGUCGCUGGAGGAGGGGCAAGUGUCAUCUACGCAGAUACUGUUGGAGAUCUUGGUUAUGCUUCUGAGCUCGGGAACUAUGCAGAAUAUAGUGGUGCUCCCAAUGAAGAGGAGGUCUUGCAGUAUGCCCGAGUUGUAAUCGAUUGUGCAACUGCAGAUCCCGAUGGCCAAAAGAGAGCCCUCGUAAUAGGUGGUGGAAUUGCCAACUUCACUGACGUUGCUGCUACAUUUAAUGGAAUUAUCCGAGCUUUAAAGGAGAAGGAGUCGAAGCUUAAGGCUGCAAGAAUGAAUUUAUACGUCCGAAGAGGUGGACCAAAUUACCAAAAGGGACUUGCCAAAAUGAGGACUCUUGGUGAAGAAAUCGGCAUUCCCAUCGAGGUAUAUGGACCUGAGGAAACCAUGACUGGCAUAUGCAAACAGGCAAUUGAGUGCAUAACUGCAGCUGCAUGAAGUUACCAAUGCUGAUUAUCAACUUCUUUUAUUUUAAAUUUAUUUUGAGUUGGUUUAUUUAGAAUAAUGAUGUAUCCAUCUUUAAUAUACGUGCAAGGAAUUUGAAUUGUAUUGACGUCUUAUAUAAAUGGACCAUGAGUAAUGGCCUCUAGGCCUACAGUUUCAAUCUCAGUUUUCUAAUUGAAGGCA